CGCCAUUUUGGAGCCGGGCAGCGCUAAGGGCGGAGAGGGCCGCGCUGGCUGCUCCCGCUGCUCCGGGAGGAGACGUGGAAGAGCCGCAGCCAUGGCCGCCGCGAAACCGCCCGGGCCUGGUGCCGCUAGCGGCACCAACCUGCUCUUCUCCUCCUCGGCUACCGAGUUCAAUUUCACUGUGCCCUUCAUCCCGGUCAGCCAGGCCCCCGCUGCGCCCCCGGGGCCCGCUCUCCUCGGCGCAGAUGAUUCCACAGACGUUGGAGAAGAAGACAGCUUCUUGGGUCAGACUUCUGCUACUCCUAAUCCACCACAGACUUUUAGCUAUUUCUCCCAGGUACCUACUAGCAAUGAUCCAUUUGGAAGCAUAGGGCAGCCACCCUUAACAACAGUGACACCACCUGUUGGGCCAUCAGCCUUCUCCAAGGCUCUAACUUCUCUCCCACUCUUGCCUGGAUCACAGGAGGGGCAGAAUGCUUUUUCGGCAAGUGUUCCGAAGUCACAGUCAUCUUUUAGUGCACCACCUACUUCCCUGGUGGGAAUCAGUGCUUACCAGACUCCUCCAGAGAGUUGUCCCCCACUUGCAAACUUUUCUACUCCACCUCAUGGAACAUCACAGCAAGGAUAUAACCCAUAUCGCCAUACCACCUUAAGCAGUAGAGCUAAUCCUUACAUAACUCCACCGCAGCUGCAGCAGAGUCAGACACCAAGCCAGCUUGGUCAGACACCACCCUCUGUACCACCUAUCCACAUGUAUCUGACUCCUCCAGGAUCAUUGUCACCGUUUCCUCAUUCACAGCCGGCACUACCAUCACCAUCACAACCACUGCAAACUUCCAGACCAGCAGGUCCACUGGUGCAGGCGCCACCUGUUUUGCUACAGAACCAGUAUGAACCAGUUCAGCCUCACUGGUUUUACUGCAAGGAGGUGGAAUACAAGCAAAUAUGGAUGCCAUUCAGCAUUCUAGAUUCUGUAACACUAGAAGAAGUUUAUAACUCUGUCCAACCUGAUCCUGAGAGCGUGGUUUUGAGCACUGAUGGGGGGCGCUAUGAUGUUUACCUGUAUGACAGACUAAGAAAAGCUGUAUAUUGGGAAGAAGAGCCAUCUGAAGUCAGACGAUGUACAUGGUUUUAUAAGGGAGACAAAGAUAGCAGGUUUAUUCCUUAUACUGAGGAUUUCAGUGAGAAGCUAGAGGCAGAAUAUAAAAAAGCUGUAACUACGAAUCAGUGGCACCGGCGACUUGAAUUUCCAAAUGGGGAAACAAUUGUUAUGCAUAAUCCUAAGGUUAUAGUUCAGUUCCAACCUUCUGCAGUACCAGAUGAAUGGGGGACCACACAAGAUGGUCAGACAAGGCCAAGGGUGGUAAAGCGUGGCACUGAUGAUGAUCAUGAUGAAAUUCCGGAUGGGGAGAUGUCUCAAAUAGACCAUUUAGUAUUCAUGGUUCAUGGCAUAGGUCCUGUGUGUGAUUUACGAUUUAGAAGCAUUGUUGAAUGUGUUGAUGAUUUUAGGACCGUGUCUCUGAAACUGUUGCAGACCCAUUUUAAGAAGUCUUUAGAGGAACUUAAAGUGAGCAGAGUUGAAUUCCUACCGGUUCACUGGCAUAGCUCUCUACAUGGGGAUGCGACAGGUGUAGACAGGAAUAUUAAAAAAAUCACUUUGCCAAGCAUUGGACGUCUGCGCCACUUCACCAAUGAGACUUUGCUUGAUAUACUGUUUUACAACAGCCCAACCUACUGUCAGACCAUUGUGGAUAAAGUAGGCCUGGAAAUGAACCGCCUACAUGCACUUUUCAUGAGUCGCAACCCAGACUUUAAAGGAGGAGUCUCUGUUGCUGGGCACAGUUUAGGUGCCUUAAUUUUAUUUGACAUAUUGUCCAAUCAGAAAGACUUGACUUCAUCAGGAAACUCUGGACCUCCCACUGCUGCUAAUGGGCUUGUGAAUGAUACGGUUGUUCGUGACAAGCAGGUAUUACUUGCAUACCUGAAUUUUGAGGUGACAGAGAAUACCAACUCCUUGGCGCCCAUGAUUACUCCUUCUGGUGAGGAGCCCUGUGACCCUGAUGUAGAGGAUGAAGUUCCAACCUUACAAAAGGCUCUGGAAAUGCUCAGUGUCUCAGAAUAUAUCGACACAUUUGAAAAGGAGAGAAUUGAUAUGGAAUCUCUGCUGAUGUGUACAGUUGAUGACCUGAAGGAAAUGGGUAUACCUCUUGGACCAAGAAAGAAAAUUGCCAACUUUGUAAAAGACAGAGCAGCCAAACAGGAAAAGAAAAAAGCAUUAGCAGAAAAAAAAGCAGUGCAAACUCAGGAAGCUGCACAGAAAGCAAAAGAAGCAGUUACUUCUGUGGCCACUUCAGAAUCUGAUAGCCUGCAUGAGCGGUCAAAGAGAAAACUUCCUGUUGGUGCCUUGGUUUCUUCUGUGAACAUUGACUAUGAAUAUUUUGAAGUUGGUACUGGCCAGGUUUCUGUGGCUUACAGUGUGCUAGACUUCGAACCAGAGAAUUUCUUUGCCCUGGGUUCUCCAAUUGGUGUGUUUCUUUCUGUACGAGGAGUGGAGAAGAUUGAUGAGAACUAUAGACUUCCUACCUGCAAAGGAUUCUUCAAUAUUUAUCAUCCACUUGACCCAGUGGCUUAUAGGGUAGAACCUAUGAUUAUUCCAGACUUGGACAUAAAACCAGUUCUCAUUCCACACCACAAAGGCAGAAAAAGACUUCAUCUCGAGUUGAAAGAUUCUCUCUCUCGUAUGGGAUCAGAUCUAAAACAGGGUUUUAUCAGCUCUUUGAAGAGUGCUUGGCAGACUCUUAAUGAAUUUGCACGUGCUCACACCUCUUCAACUCAGCUACAAGCAGAACUGGAGAAGGUAGCUAAUCAAAUUAAAGAGGAAGAAGAAAAACAAGUGGUAGAAGCUGAAAAGACUGCCGAAAGUCCAGAUCUUUCGAAGGAUGAGGAUUUCUUAGUAAAGGUCGGGAUGCUAAAUGGAGGACGUCGUAUUGACUAUGUUCUACAGGAAAAACCAAUAGAAAGUUUCAAUGAAUACCUUUUUGCUCUACAGAGUCACUUGUGUUAUUGGGAAUCUGAAGACACAGCUUUGCUACUUCUCAAAGAAAUAUAUAGGACUAUGAAUAUCAGUCCGGAACAGCCGCAACACUGAUGUGGAGAUACCUGAAUUUCAUAUCUAAUGUUCCAACAGGCUUGCUGACAACACAUUUUGAGGAACCUCCAGUAUUUCUCUAGUCACACAUGACAAGAAUCUGAAUUACAACAGCAUUUUUUUCUUCAGUCCAGAGCUCUUUGAUUUAGAUAAUGCCUUCUUGUUUCACUCAAGAUUGUUUCAUGGUUUUAAAAUUAUCAGCACCACAGUUUGGGAAGCAUAAUUGGAAUGACACCAUUUAACCUUCUUACUGAAAUUUAGUUGUACUGUUGCCAAGCUUUGACCAAUGAAGAAAUAUUCGUGGCAUGCAAAUUAUUAUUUUUCUUCUCGAGCUACCUUGUCUGUUAGGUGUCAAACAUGUAUUUUCUAUGAAGGCAGUAUGUUCUUUAUUAAAGAAAGGACUUGUUGAGACACAGCAAUAAUCUGCUUUUUUUUAAAAAAUGCGUUUCCACUUUUAAAAACAAAAUGUGAAUUUUAGUUAUAAGCUGCUUUACAUCAAGCCUUUUGUAUUUGCUAAAACCAGCAGCCAGAAUGACUUUCUUACUACUGUGAGUUCAGUGCUGAGAUUUUAUAAAAGCUUUUUAACCCUCUG